GAAAACGUCAGUUUAUUUCCUGGUUUCCUGGUUGUAUAGUCUGGAGAGUCUGUGCAGAUUGUUUUUCCGUAUCUUUAAUCUAAUCGAUCGGUGUUUUUCCACCAGCAUGUUAAAAGGUUUAGGGACGUGGUUGGGUCUGGAGGGCCCGACCGUCACGAAGACGUCGGUUGACCAGGAAAAGCUGAACGUGGAGCAGGAAGAGAAGGUGGUAGAAGCACAAACCGAGGUAAACAAACAGCAGCCAGCUGACCAGGAUGGAACACCAGAGGCGGAGCAGGAAAACUCGGAACAGUCCACUGGACUGGGCGGUUACAUCUUCAGUUUUGCUUCUAAUGCCACCAAGAAAAUUUCUGAGUCAAUGGUGGAGACUGCCCAGACAAUCAAGAAGACAGUGGAAGAAGGAAAAAUUGAUGGCAUCAUAGACAAGACGUUUUUAGGAGACUUCCAAAAAGAGCAAGAGAAAUUUGUCCAGGAGAAGAAGGCCAAGAAAUCAGAAGCAGCAGUGCCACCGUGGGUCGGCUACAAUGAAGAGGAAACAAUCCAGCAACAAAUUCUCGCUCUGUCCGCUGACAAGAGGAACUUCCUCCGCGACCCUCCCGCUGGUGUUCAGUUCCAUUUCGACAUGGAGCAGAUGUAUCCUUUAGCUGCAGUCAUGCUGGAAGAAGAUGAGCUCCUCAACCGCAUGCGCUUUGACCUGGUUCCUAAACAUGUGAAGGAGGAGAUGUUUUGGCGGAACUAUUUCUACCGGGUGUCUCUGAUCAAGCAGUCGGCUCAGCUCACAGCCCUGGCAGCCCAGCAGCAGCGGAAGGAUAGUGUGGACAAAGGGGCCAGUGUUUCACCUGAAGACGUCGUCCUAACAGACAAUGUCAGACCAAAAACGCCACCAGUUUCCAUCAGUGACAUACAGAAGCCAACACAUGAAGAAGAGGAGGAGAUUUCAACAAGUCCGGGAGUGUCUGAGUUUGUUAGCGAUGCUUUUGACUCAACGGCCAUAAACCAGGAGGACCUGAGGAAAGAGAUGGAGCAGCUGGUGCUGGACAAGAAGGACAGUCCUCCUUCUCCUGAUGAUGAAUCAGCAGAUUGGGAAAAGGAGCUGCAGCAAGAACUUCAGGAGUAUGAGGUGGUGACUGAGUCGGACAACAAAGAUGACCAGUGGGAUCAAGAGAUCGAGAAGAUGCUCCAGUCUGAUGACAGCUAGUGUGUUUGAUGCGUUUACAGUCACUUAUCUGGGCUGAAAUUAAUGAAUCGUGACCAGUGAUGCACGAGGGGAGGAACUUUACACAACUCUCAUUUCUAUCUCGUAUCUGAUGAAGUGUCGUAGAUCCAAUUAUAGCAAGAAUGUGUCAACUCUGCUUGAGGCAGCAGUCAUUUUCUGGCAUAUUAGUGAGUUCAUUGCUCCCUCCUAAAUGAGUUUUCUCUAUUUGGUUCUCCCAAUCAGCUGUCUUUUUGAUGAGAAAUAUCAUUAGAUGAUACUCCAGUACAAGUACUAUGAAUUUUAUAAUGGAGGGAAAUGGUCUUUAUUAUCUUUUGUUUGUUUGUUUUUCAAUCUUUGUUGGACAGUCGUGUAUACGUCUUGCUAUAAUCUUAGUACAGAGAAGUCAAAUGUAAAGUAACAUGUAUGUAAAUAAAGAAGAUUGUAACACUAAACUGCC